UCUUGUAACGUCAAGCGUGCCAACUGUCGUGAAAGCACAUUGAUGCAGAAAGAAGCCAGAAGGAUGCUAAUAAGUCAGUCUUAUUAUUUGUUCUCCAGUUUGAAAUAUUUACGUCGUAUAAAAUACAUAUUUGAUUCUUUAUUCAAGGAUAAAAUCGUCUCGAUGCGCUAGAAGCACUUUGCUGGAUCUCGUGCUCGUUUAUUGUUAGUUAGCUUAGCUCGCUAGUUAGCUUAGCGUGUUAGCUGCUAACAGAAGUUAUCAACACAUCGCUAAGUAGAGAUCAAGUGUGAGAGUAAAGUGUUGUGAUUGUGUGAAAAUGUCUACAUUACACAUGUUGAGAGCGUUGGUGGAUCAGCGACUAACUGCUGCCGUUGACGAAAUAUUUGUAGUGUUAGAAAGAACGAUAGCAGAAUACGAGGCGGAACUUUCUAGAACAAAAGAGGAGAACAAUCAACUACUGGACGCUGUUUUCAAGAAACAUCAAGUUGUGUUACACACAACAGACGUCCAGCAGCCCCCUCACAUUAAAGAGGAAGAGGAUGAUCCACAGGCCCCCCACAUUAAAGAGGAAGAGGAGGAUCCACAGUUCCCUCACAUGAAAGAGGAAGAGGAGGAUCCCCACAUGAAAGAGGAAGAGGAGGGAGAGUGUGUUGUAGGGCAGGAGGAGGAUGAUGUCAGCAAGUUUCCACUGACUGAAGAGCAUGAAGACAAAGCACCUGAGUCCUCACAGCUUCAUCACAGUCCAAACAUCUGUAAAGAACAACUUCUGCCUGAAAAACAGGAGAGUAGCUUCAGGAUGUUGAAGGAGGAUCCAUCAAAGAGGAAGACCAGACACCACGGACCCUCAGGCGUCUCCUUUUCCUCUUUGACACAGACCCUUCCCUGUAAAAAGGAAGAGGAAGACUCACUGACCCCCCACAUUAAAAAGGAAGAGGAGGAACACAGCAUCAGUCAGGAGGGAGAUCAUCUUGAAGGACUGGUGGAGUUCCCAGUGACUGGUGUCCCUGUGAAGAGUGAAGAUGAUGAGGUCAAAGGUGAGAGUGAGGAGAAGAGAAGCAGCAGCUCACCACACCACAUGACAACAGAAGCUGAUGGAGACCACUGUGGAGGAUCACAAGCAGACCAGAUCUUAGCUCCACUAUCAGAUAGUGAGGACACAACGUCACACUCUCCUGACACUGAUGAUGAACACUCUAAAGAUGAUGAGGUCAAAGGUGAGAGUGAGGAGAAGAGAAGCAGCAGCUCACCACAACACAUGACAACAGAAGCUGAUGGAGACCACUGUGGAGGAUCACAAGCAGACCAGAUCUUAGCUCCACUAUCAGAUAGUGAGGACACAACGUCACACUCUCCUGACACUGAUGAUGAACACUCUAAAGAUGAUGAGGUCAAAGGUGAGAGUGAGGAGAAGAGAAGCAGCAGCUCACCACAACACAUGACAACAGAAGCUGAUGGAGACCACUGUGGAGAAUCACAAGCAGACCAGAUCUUAGCUCCACUAUCAGAUAGUGAGGACACAACGUCACACUCUCCUGACACUGAUGAUGAACACUCUAAAGAUGAUGCAACAUGUCACACUGACAACACCCACUUCACAUGUUCUCUCUGUGACAAAACUUUUAAAUACCGUAGUGAUCUGAAAAGACACAAGAAAAUACACACCGGAGAAAAACCUUUUAUCUGUUCAAUCUGUAGUAAAGGUUUUGUAGAAAGUCGAUAUUUGAAAGUGCACAUGAGAACACACACUGGAGAAAAACCUUUUUCCUGCUCAGAAUGUGGUAAAGCUUUUGUACGAAGAAGCACUUUGAAAGUACACAUGAGAAUACACUCCAGAGAAAAACAUUUUUCUUGUUCAAUCUGCGGGAAAGGUUUUGUACAAAGUAACAAUUUGAAAAGACACAUGAGAACACACACUGAUGAAAAACCUUUUUCUUGUUCAAUCUGUGGCUUCUCUUUUAAAAGUAAGGAACAUUUGAAAGUGCACCUGAGAGCACACACUGAUGAAAAACCUUUUUCCUGUUCAAUCUGUGGCUUCUCUUUUAAAAGGAAGGAAUAUUUGAAAGUGCACAUGAGAACGCACACUGGCGAAAAACCUUUUUCCUGUUCAAUCUGUGGCUUAUCUUUUAAAAGGAAGGAAUAUUUGAAAAUGCACAUGAGAACAUACACUGGUGAAAAACCUUUUUCCUGUUCAAUCUGUGGCAAAGGUUUUACACAAAGUCACAGUUUGAAAAAACACACUAGAACACGCGCUUGUGAAAAAUCACAUUCCUGUUCAAUCUGCAAAAGAAGCUUUUGUGGCCGAUCCAACCUUGUAGCACACAGGAGAACACACGCAGGAGAGAAAGUGUUGAGUUGCAGUGUGUGUGGUGAAAGAUUGUCUUCUAAGUACCAGUGUAAGAAACACAAGUGUGCUGGUGAGAACAGCAGCAGCAAAUGAAGAUGCAGGAUUUGAAAUCAACUGUCAAAACUUUAAUGUUGACUUUGUGACAACAUCAGCACACACAACAUGUGUGACAUUGUUGUUUGUGUAACUAUCUUUUUAAUAUGCUUCUACAUUUAUAGAUUAUAUAAUUUAUAUUAGUGCUUUUUUCAGUCAAGUACAUGCAUUAAUAUGCAACAUUGUGUACUUUUAUUAAACAAUGAACGGAACAAUUUGAAAAGGUGAAAGUAAACAGUAAAAUAAAAAUGUUAUGUGUAUAUAUAUUCAUAACAAAAUGUUAGACUUAUUCAUAAUAGUGUUUUUAUAGGUGUGUGAAAUAUUACAUAUUUCUAAUUGUUAAUGAUCCCAUAGAUUAGCAGCUUUAUAUGAUAUACAUAUGUACUGGUUCACAUCUGAAACAUCUUCUGGACCACUUCAGGAAGCAUAUUAUUUACUUUAUACAUCAUUUGAACUUAUACCAUUUUUAAAAUGUGUGAUUUGUUGGGUCUGUAUAAUCCAUUUAAUUAAUUAUUACUCUCUUUUGUAAUACGAUGAUUGUGUUGUGAUGGUUUUAUAUGUAUGUCCCGAGACUUUUAUGCAAUAAAAAAAUGUGUG